AUGGUCCGUAACAUCCAUAUCGCCGUUCUCGAUGUCGACAUCCCAGCACGCAGGCUCUACGAAGCCCGCGGACUGUGCAGUGCACACUUCCGCGACAUCCUGCAAGAGACGGCAUCCGCGCUGAACAAAACCGAUCUCGCCAAUAAUAACCCCAUUAAUAUCUCUGUCACUCCCUACGAUAUUCGCGGAGGACAUUACCCAGAUUUCCGCCAAAUGCGCGGCCACCCGAUCCAACAACAAUGCCUCGUGGCCUCGCCUAUCGACGCCGUCCUGAUCACCGGCGGCUCACCGGGCGUCUACGAAAUGGCCCACUCGCCGUGGAUGCAAGUCCUGCAAAAGUUUGUCAAAACCGUCUACGAUGAAUACCCGCAAGUGCGCAUGCUGGGAACAUGCUUCGGCCACCAGCUCAUCUCCCACGCCCUGGUCCGCGACCCCGAAGACCCCGUCCGAGAUGUGUACGUGGAGAAAUGCCCUCUCGGCAGAGAAGUCGGGAUCUACACCGUUCAACUCGAACAGAAUUUCAUCCAGUCAUUCCCCACAGCCCUCAACCACCUCGCGGAGGGCCAGUUGCGCAUCCAAAUGUUCCAUGGCGACCGGGUGAUGGCCGUGGAGAAAGGCAAUGCCGUGACGCUGAGCAGCGCGCCGCCGGUAUCGUUGCCCGCGCCGUGGAUUAAUGUAGGCAGCACACCUAUCUGCCCGAUUCAAGGACUGUACCAUCCCGGGAGGGUGUUGACUGUCCAGGGCCACUAUGAGAUGGAUGCAUUUGGAAUGAAGAAAAUGUGUGUGGAGUCUGCGCCGCAGAUGGGAUGGAAAGAGUCGAAACUUGCGGUGUUCUUGGAGCAGGUUGGGCCUGACUUGAAGGAAAGGCAGGACGACGCCAAGUGUUUUGCGUCGGCGGUGGUUUGCUUUUUGGCUGGCAUUGAGCAAGGCGCAUAA